AUGGCACCCCAGUUCAAGGAGGGGGACGGGAUUUUCUACGGGCAUGACUGGGAUAGGAAGGGCAAAGUGGACUUUGUCCACGAUCUUGGCAAGGGCGAAUACCUGUACGCAAUCACCUUGGAUCAGAAGCUCGAGACAGUUACAAUCAAUACCAUCAAGUCUGGUCUUCAGAAGAAGGCAGAGUGGAAGUCCCUGAGUCCCAAGGAGCAGAAGGACAAUGUUGAAGGGAAGUAUCUGAAGGCCGUUUAA